AUGUCAUAUACCGAACAAAUUGACGCGUUUGCUGCGCGUCUUGCCGAGAACAACGACGAUCUGUCUAAGAAGCUUUCAACACUGUCAGAGCUAUGUGAUAUGGUGGAACCGUUGAACUCAUCUGGUGAUUACGGCCAUUUUCUUGCUUCAACAAUUCCUGCCCUAAUGGGGCUACUGAAUUCAGUUUCUGUGUCUCUGGACGGUGCGUCUCUUGAGCACAAGCUUCGCAAUUCUGCUCUCGAGAUACUUAACCGUUGCAACAUGAAUGAGACUUUUGAACCUAAUGCAGAAGUCGUUUUAGACACGUUACUAACCGUUCUUCGUGAAGACAAUGAAGAAAACGGUGUUUUAUCUAUGAAAAUAUUGACAAGCCUCUUCAAAUCCUACAAGGCUGCCUUGCAAGAUAAAGUGGAGGAUUUUAUUCAAGUGAUCAUGCAAAUCUACAAAAACAUGCCAGAGUUGGUGAAUAAGACAUUCAAUGAGAGUAAAUCCUCAGAUAGCCCCGAUCUGACGAAUGGUUUGAAUGGUAGCUUCGAAUCUGGCGACUUUGAUGCCAAUGAUUCUGGACCAUCCAACACCAAUAAAUCUCAUCAGGCGAAAACUCUGAAAAGAUCCAUGUUUUCUUUCAAAACCCUUUCAGAAUGUCCCAUUACAAUGGUGACUCUAUAUUCGUCAUACAAGCAGCUUACUGGCUCGUCGCUUCCACAAUUUAUGCCGCUAGUAAUAGAAUUGUUGGCAAUGGAAGCUGAAAAACAGAAACAGGCCCGGCAAGAAAUGGAAGCAAUGGGUCAGAGGCUUACCGACCUUUCUCCUGCGAUUCAAAACCGUCAAGCUUAUUGCGACUUUUUACUAGCCCAAAUCAAGGCAACAUCCUUUUUGGCAUACGUCUUCAUCCGUGGUUACGCCGCAGAGUACCUGCAGAAUUAUGUGGGAUUCGUUCCUGAUCUAAUAAUCAGGUUACUACAGGAUUGUCCAGCUGAACUUUCCUCAGCACGUAAAGAACUUCUUCAUGCCACGAGGCAUAUACUAUCGACCAAUUACAAGAAACUCUUCUUACCCAAAAUUAACAUGCUCUUUGAUGAAAACGUUUUGAUAGGUCAUGGAUUCACGUCACACGAAACGCUGCGGCCAUUAGCGUAUAGCACUGUUGCCGAUUUUAUUCACAACGUAAGGGGUGAACUACAACUAGAUGACAUUGAGAAAACAAUUCAGAUGUACACUGGAUUUUUACUAGAUGAAAGCCUGGCGCUUACAGUUCAAAUAAUGAGUGCAAAGCUACUUCUUAAUUUAGUUGAGCGUAUUUUGAAACUGGGAAGAGAAAACCCAAAUGAUUCUGUCAGAGCCAAAAAACUUUUAAUUAUAAUCAUAGACGCAUAUACUACUCGCUUCAGAAAUUUGAACAGACAGUAUGACAAUUUGAUGAAACAUCACAAUGACUACGAGAAAGAGAAACUUUUAAAGUCGAAAAUAAUACGCGAAAAGGCUGAGAAAGACAACAAGGAUACAGAGGAUUUCAUCAACAAAAUGUUGAACACCAACGUCGAUGCCGAAAAGGAUAAUGAUGGAGAUAUUCAGAUGGAGGGAAGCACAGACGUGAACAUCAUCACUGAGCCUGAGAAGGAGCUGGGAAUCAAUGAUGAAAAAUAUAUCGACUUAUUCGACAUAAAAUAUCACAACCCUAUUCUUCUUUCUCCUCCGCCUUCUAGCGAUCCUCUAAAGGACGCAUUUUAUUUGUAUCGGACGUUGAUGUCAUUUUUGAAAACCAUCAUCCAUGAUAUCAAAGUUUUCAAUCCUCCUUCUACAGAUUACACGACUAUGAAUCCAAAGUUGUGGGCUUCUCUAUCAAGAAUUUUUUCAUAUGAAGAAGUACUUGUUUUCAAAAAUCUAUUCCACGAAUGCAUCCUCGGCCUUCACUUUUUUUCAAGCCCACAGGGCAAAAGUGUUGUGGCAGAAAAGAAAUAUUUCGAUAUAACAGCACCUAGUCUGCCUGUAUCAGCAACUAAAGAUGGAAGAGAAUUAAUGGAUUAUUUUGCGAUUAUGUUCAUGCAAAUUGAUAGUCCAACUUUCAAUGAUAUUGUCGAGGCAGAAAUAGACUUCAUGUAUGAGUCUAUGUUACGUGAUUCUGCACUUUUACACGUUGCCCAGUCCUUUUUGACUAGCGAAAUUACUUCUCCUAAUUUUACAGGAAUUUUAUUGAGGUUUUUGAAAUCGAAGCUCCCUUCACUUGGAAACGUCGAUGGCAAUAAAUCAAACAUAUUGAUUCGACUAUUCAAGUUAUCAUUCAUGUCAGUUAAUUUAUUUCCCGUGACCAACGAAAUUGUUUUACUACCACAUUUAAACGACCUGAUAUUGGAUUCAUUAAAAUACUCCACCACAGCGAAGGAGCCGUUAGUAUACCUUUAUUUGAUUAGGACCCUUUUCAGAAGUAUUGGGGGCGGAAGAUUCGAAAAUCUCUACCGUUCAAUCAAGCCUAUUCUUCAGGUACUCCUUCAAUCGUUGAACAGGAUGAUACUAACAGCUCGCCGUCCACAUGAGAGAGAUCUAUAUGUCGAGCUCUGUCUCACUGUUCCAGUACGGUUGAGUGUCUUGGCUCCUUAUCUCAGCUAUCUAAUGAAGCCACUUGUGUGCGCACUUCAGGGCUUUCCAGAAUUAAUCACCCAAGGCCUGAGAACCUUAGAGCUGUGUAUUGACAAUCUGACGGCAGAAUAUUUCGACCCUAUUAUUGAGCCAGUAGUCGAGGAUGUUAUUCGUUCCUUGUUUAAAUUACUGAAACCUCAACCGUUUAACCAUCAAAUCAGUCAUACUGCUGUCAGGAUAUUAGGGAAACUAGGUGGAAGAAACAGACGAUUCAUUAAACCACCAUCUGAUCUGAAAACUGAAAGUGAGCUUGAUAUAGAGGUCAAUGCACUUUUCAGUGUCCAUGGUAUACCCCAAGAGGUCAAUUUAUCAGUGACACCUGGUGUACGUUCAGCACUCGAAAUACUGGAAGAUUACAGAGCUGCUAUAUACUACCGGAAGAGUGCGUUUAAAUAUUUGAUGUCGGUAUUGCAACUAUUCUUACAAACGUCCCUGGAAGUUCCUUCUGACUUUGAAAAGUAUGUUUGCGCUGCCAAAAACAUUUUAUGCCAAGAUGAUGUGAACAACGAAGUCGAAUAUAAGGAUGAAAGAGCCAAAGAUAUGACGUUUUUAGAUAAUCAAGAAAAAUUGCUAUCGGAACUUCUUAAUUCCUUAUUUUAUGCUGUUUCAAUUCCAGAAAUAGCACAGGAGGCUAAGGAUGUUAUCUUGAACGUUACAAAUCAUUUUUGUCUGCUUCAACUCAAGAAUGCACUGGAAAAGAAGCGAGACCAAUCUGAGAUUUUCAAGGUUGAUGUGAAACAAUUAGACCUCGGAAUUGAUCCUGCUAUUGUCCUGAAUGCGAUAUCUAGUGGAUUAGGGUCAUACCUGGAGGAUUCAAGAAACGUGGCAAUUGAGGCCAUCAAACAAAUUUACAAUACAAGCAACACAAUAUAUGGGGAGGAACUUUUAUUGACGUAUUCAUUCAUUCCACAACUAACAAAAAAGUUUAUCCAUCACUGUUAUGACGAAGCAUACUAUGAGAAGAGUUGUGGAGUUUUAGGCCUCAAAACUCUAAUCAUGGAUUUAAAAAUUUCUGUCGACUUCUUGAAAGGUUUUCAAUUUGAACUCAUCACUGGCUUAUUGUUUGUUUUGAAAGAUACGCCUAAUGAAGCGCCAGGCGUCAUCCGCAACCGCGCUGAAAACUUGAUUGUGAGGAUUCUAGAGAAUACAUGUAAAGGUAUAACAGAGGAAAUGCUAAGUGAGAAAAGUUUGCAAAAUACCUUAACAGAUAUCGUUUGCGAACUCAGUAAUGCCAAUAAGGUAGUAAGAAAAGCGUGUCAAAACGCUCUAUCUACUAUUUCAACAGUGUCAGGUAUACCAAUUGUGAAACUGAUGGAACACUCCAAGAAUUUCCUCCUUUCUCCGAUUUUUGCCAAGCCUUUGCGAGCUCUACCAUUCCCAAUGCAGAUAGGUAAUGUUGAUGCCAUUAUUUACUGCUUGACUCUUCCUGAUACAUUUUUAGAGUUCAACGAAGAGUUGUAUCGACUUUUACAUGAGGCUAUAGCUUUGGUUGAUGCAGAGGACGAAUCCUUGGCUAGCGCACAUCGAGUUACAGAAUAUCAAACAGCAGAACAGCUGGUUCAAUUAAGAGUUGUGUGUAUAAGACUGCUGGCCUUGGCUCUCAAAAAUGAAGAAUUUGCUACCGCUCAACAAGGGGCAAUUAGGAUACGUAUUCUGGCUGUUUUCUUCAAAACCAUGUUGAAAAUGUCUCCAGAAAUUAUCGAGGCUACAUAUCAAGGCCUUAAAAGUGUACUAGCAGAGAACUCUAAACUUCCUAAGGAAUUGCUCCAAAAUGGUCUGAAGCCUAUGCUGAUGAAUCUUUCUGAUCAUCAAAAACUCACAGUUUCCGGGUUGGAAGCACUGGCUAGGCUACUAGAGCUCUUAAUCGCCUAUUUCAAGGUUGAAAUUGGCAAAAAGCUCCUUGAUCAUCUCGAUGCAUGGUGCAGAGUCGAGGUACUUGACAUGCUUUUCGGUAAAGAUCUUCACGAACAAACUCCAACAAAGAUAAUACACGGCAUUAUCAAUAUUUUCUAUCUUCUACCACCUCAGGCUGACAUUUUUUUGAAUGAUCUUUUCGUCAAGCUAAUGCUAGUAGAAAAGAGACUCAGACUGCAGUUGGAUUCACCGUUCAGAACACCUAUGGCAAAGUAUCUGAACAGGUUUCAUCCGUCUGUACUUAACUAUUUCAAAAACAACCUAGGGUCUCGAGAACUGGUUCUACUUAUGUGUUCAAUCAUAAAGAAAGAACAUGCACCUGAUCUAAGAGAAGACUUUGAAAAGGAAUUAACUAGCUUCUAUGAAUAUUAUAUGGCUGGUAUGUCCUCUAAUCCUAUAAGGGGUGUCAGUUUCUUUGCAAAUAUAGUGGAUAUUGUCAGUUCACUAGCCGAGGUCAACGGGGUUGAAUGGAUAACUCAGAACGAAGGAAUACUGCUGAACUUGAGAAACAUGAUGAAGGUUGUAUUAAAAUCUAUCCAGGAAGGGAAGUUUUAUUAUGAUUCUUUGCAGUUGAGCCAGGCAAUCGACAAAUUUCAAUCUCUAUGUUUAAGUUAUAUGGAAUCGAACGUCGAUAACCCCUCACUUCUUUUUGAUUACGUCCAAUUUUCCUUUUCAGUUGGUUUGAAACCAUCUCAAUCACUGCUGGAUUUUAUAUAUCAGAAUAUUACUACUUCAGAAGAUACUGGGAGAAAAUGUGUUUUCUUAAGGGAGGCUUUGAAAUUUGCUACAACUGAUCAUCCAUUGGACGCUAGUGUUUUUGUUCUGAAACACAUAAUUAAUCAUACUCUCGUCUUCGAAGGGUUUGCCAAUGCAUCUUUGAAACAGUUUACUGAAGGUGACGGCCUAAGUCGCCCCGAAUGGCUAGAACUGGUUCAUAAUAAAAUUUGGAAGGGAUCGAAUGAUGCUCUAGUCAGUCAUGGAGCUGGGGCAUAUGAUGUAUUCCGGUUCGAGUUGCUGCAGCUCUCCGCAGUAUUUAUAAAGUGGGCACCUGACCUUGGCCCUGAAUUGAAGCGAGACGUUAUCAAGUUCAGCUGGAACUUUAUCAAACUCGAGGAUCCUCUAGUCAAGCAGGCGUCUUAUAUGGUGACUGCUUACUUUAUUUCUAAGUACGAUUUUCCCGUUAAGAUCGUUACUCAAAUAUUUGUUGCCAUUUUGAGGACUUUUCAGGUUGAAUCAAGAUUCAUGGUAAAGCAAUCUCUCGACUUAUUAGCGCCAGUUAUGCACGAACGAAUGGCUGCCGCAGGAGCUCCAAACGCAUGGGUAAAUUGGGUAAGGAGAGUUUUGUCCGAAAGCAGUCCUGGUCAAAAUUCGACUAUUUAUCAAUUUAUUAUCAAUCAUCCUGAUGAGUUCUACGACUCCAGGGAUUUAUUCAUUCCCAAUAUUAUCAGUCAAAUGGGGAAACUCACGCUUUUAACAAAUCCUAGUGUCGAAAAUCAAACGACUGCGAUUGAUCUCGCUGAUCUGAUAUUAUAUUGGGAAAACAAGGCUAAAAAAUCUAAAAAGAAAAUUCAAGAUGGAGAUGAAGAGAUGAACGAUGCCGGAAAUCUCAAUCUUGAGGCUAAAGACUACGUUUUCCCCCUGAAUCAAAGGGAGGCAUGUGUUACAUUUUUGAUCCGAUAUAUUUGUGUCAGCAAUCAUAGAGCAAUGGAGACAGAAUUAGGUGUUAGAGCGUUAGGAAUUUUGUCUGAACUAUUAUCUGAGGACCACUGGCCUGAAGUUAGUGUGAAACUUGCAUAUUUCGAGAAGUUUUUGGUGCAACAAGAUCUAACUUCGUCAAAUAUUCUGUAUUACUGCAUGAAUACUUUGGAUGUGCUAAAUGUUCUCUUCACUAAUAAGCCUUCAUCUUGGAUAAUGAACAAUCUUCCUCUUAUCCAGAAUCUCUUAGAUAGGUGUCUAAGGGUGGACCAUCAUGAUAUUCAAGAAGCAUUGCAAAACGUGCUGAAAGUAAUUUUGAGGGCUAUAAAGGCAGAACAAGAACCAAGUUUGGAAUCAGAAGAAGAGACACCAAGUAAGGUAUUCAUCACCACAUUGUCUUCCAUUAUAAAUGAGGAUUUACAGGGUACUUCUUCACUCGCAGCGGGAGUUACAUUGACGUGGACGUUAUUCAUGUUUUUCCCUCAGUACAUUGAUCCUCUUCUUCCAUCGAUCAUGAAAACUUUUAGCAAACUGUGCAAAGACCAUUUGGCCACGUCACAACCAAAAGAUGCCAGUGCUAUCGAGGAAGCGAAAAUAACUACCGAGCUUUUGGAAAAGGUGUUUUUUUUACUCUCGAUGAAGGUCGCAUCAUUAGGUGACGCACGCCGUCCUUUCCUGGGUACUGUCGCUUUGCUAAUUGACCGCUCUAUGGACCAACAGUUCUUGAAAAAAAUUAUCGCUGUGGCAAGAACAUGGGUUUUCACAAGUGAGAUCUUCCCUACUGUAAAGGAAAAAGCUGCAAUCCUAACGAAGAUGUUGGCAUUUGAGGUCAGAGGCGAACCAAAACUAUCCAAACAAUUUUAUGAAAUAAUUCUAGAGUUAUUUGAGAACAAGACUUUUAACAACAGUGAAAUAACAGUCCGAAUGGAGCAGCCCUUCUUGGUGGGAACUCGUGUGAGUGACAUUACUAUCCGAAAGAAAAUGAUGGCAAUCUUGGAUAGCAGCCUGGAGCGGGAUAUUCGCGAGCGCCUAUAUUAUGUGAUACGCGACCAAAACUGGGAAUUUAUUGCUGAUUAUCCGUGGUUAAAUCAAGCGCUUCAAUUGCUAUAUGGUGCAUUUGAGAAGACUCAUUUAUUAAGAUUGGAAAGUGCACAUCAAUUUCAACCCGUGGGAGCACUUACGUAUAAUAUGAAAGAAUCCGACCUUGAGGAGACUCCAAGUUUGGAGAUACAACAAUUAAUCGCAAAACACAAAACGUUUGCUGAAAAGUUUACUAAUGUAUCGUGCAGCGAUCUCAUCGAACCACUGAUUGAUAUUUUCUAUCAAAGCCCGAAGGCAAUUCACUCCACUUGGGUUAACGUAUUUUCUGCAGCCUACAAAUCCAUACCAAAGAAUGAAAAGUAUGGCUUCGUGCGUUCCUUAGUUACGCUACUAUCCAAAGAUUACCAUGCUCGACAGACUAGUGUUAAGACAAAUGUUGUAAGUACGCUGCUUGAUGGAGUGAGUAAGGUUGAAACCCUUGAACUACCACCACAUUUGAUCAAGUACCUGGCAAUCUCUUAUAAUUCAUGGUAUCAAUCCAUUGAAAUUUUGGAAUCCCUUGAAGAAAGUGCAUCCAUAGAAAACACCAAAAUUGUUGAAACAAAUGAAGAUGCCCUUCUUGAGCUGUACGUUAAUCUGCAAGAAGAAGACAUGUUUUAUGGCCUUUGGAGAAGAAGAGCUAAGUACACCGAGACAAACAUUGCUUUGUCUUUCGAACAGAUAGGUUUAUGGGACAAAGCUCAACAACUUUAUGAGGCGGCACAAGUAAAGGCAAGAAGUGGGGCAUUGCCAUAUUCAGAUUCUGAGUAUUCCUUAUGGGAAGAUAAUUGGAUCAUGUGCGCUGAAAAACUGCAGCAUUGGGAUGUGCUCACUGAAUUGGCAAAGCAUGAGGGGUUUACUGAUUUACUUCUAGAGUGUGGCUGGCGGGUUGCCGAUUGGAGUGCUGACAGAGAGGCGUUGGAACAAUCUGUAAAAAGCGUUAUGGAUGUUCCAACGCCACGUAGGCAGACAUUUGAAACAUUUUUGGCGUUGCAGAAUUUUGCAGAGACAAAGAAAGGGGACCAAGAUGUCAGAAGAUUAUGCGACGAAGGGAUUCAAUUGAGUUUACACAAAUGGGCAUCACUUCCUGAAAGAUUUACCCCCGCACAUAAUUUCCUAUUGCAUGGCUUUCAACAAUAUAUGGAAUUCUUAGAAGCAACACAGGUAUACGCAAACUUGGCCACCACAACUGUUCAAAACUUAGAUUCAAAAGCUCAAGAGGUCAAGCGUGUGCUUCAAGCAUGGCGUGACAGACUACCAAAUAUAUGGGAUGAUAUAAAUAUGUGGAAUGAUUUAAUAACCUGGCGUCAGCAUGCCUUCCAGGUUAUUAACAAUGCAUAUUUGCCAUUAGUCCCAGCAUUGCAACAAGCUAAUGGUAAUAGUAAUGUUAAUACACAUGCCUACAGAGGUUAUCACGAAAUUGCCUGGGUUAUAAACAGGUUUGCGCACGUCGCGAGAAAGCACAACAUGCCUGAUGUCUGUAUUAGCCAAUUGGCUCGUAUUUACACUCUUCCUAAUAUUGAAAUUCAAGAAGCAUUCCUAAAGUUACGUGAGCAAGCAAAAUGUCACUACCAAAGUAUGAACGAGUUGACAACAGGCUUAGAUGUUAUUAGUAACACUAAUCUUGUUUAUUUCGGGACUGUUCAAAAAGCAGAGUUCUUCACUUUGAAGGGUAUGUUUUUAUCUAAGUUGAGAGCGCAUGAUGAAGCUAAUCAGGCUUUUGCAACCGCGGUGCAAAUUGAUCUCAACCUUGCGAAAGCUUGGGCACAAUGGGGCUUUUUCAAUGAUCGUCGACUAUCUGAAGAACCUAAUAAUAUCAGUUUCGCAAAUAAUGCUAUAAGUUGCUACUUGCAAGCGGCUGGCCUAUACAAGAAUGCGAAAACUCGAAAACUUCUCUGUAGAAUUCUGUGGCUAAUUGGCAUAGAUGAUGCCUCAGGCUCUUUGGCUAGCGCGUUUGAAUCUUUCAGAGGAGAGGUCCCUGUGUGGUAUUGGAUUACUUUCAUUCCUCAGUUGCUCACUUCAUUGUCGCAUAAAGAGGCUAAUAUGGUGCGCCAAAUAUUGAUACGGAUCGCAAAGAGCUACCCUCAGGCAUUACAUUUCCAAUUACGUACUACAAAAGAGGACUUUUCUGUCAUCCAACGUCAAACAAUGGCAGCAGUUGCCAAUUCCCGCUCGUCAAGUAGUGCCAAAUCCCAAAACACUUCCAACGGCACUCGUCAACCUUGGGAAUACCUCGAUGAGCUAAACGGUAUUUUGAAAACAGCAUACCCUCUUCUUGCCCUAUCGCUUGAAUCACUGGUUGACCAAAUUAAUCAAAAGUUCAAAACUACUCCAGACGAGGACUUAUUCAGGUUGAUCAAUGUUUUGUUAAUUGAUGGUACUUAUAACUACAACCGCCUACCUUAUCCAAGAGAGAAUCCAGUACUUCCUUCUAGUACAGAAGCAAACCUCAUUAGAUUUUCUGAGAACUUAUUACCUCCUCAUAUCAGAGUUAAGUUCAAUGCUGAUUUCAUAGAUAGUAAGCCGAACUUCGAAACCUACAUCAAGAGGCUACGCCACUGGCGUAACCGAUUGGAGAACAAGUUGGAUAGAGCUCCUAAGACAGAAAACAUGGAAAAGUUGUGUCCUCAUUUAAGUAACUUUCAUCACCAGAAGUUUGAAGAUAUUGAAAUUCCUGGUCAGUACUUGCUCAAUAAGGACAGCAAUGCCCACUUUGUGAAAAUAGCCCGGUUUUUGCCUCACGUUGAUUUUGUCCGCGGGACACACUCCUCCUAUAGGCGUCUGACAAUUAGAGGGCAUGAUGGUAGUUUGAAUUCCUUUGCUGUUCAAUACCCUGCUGUUCGCCAUUCAAGACGCGAAGAAAGAAUGUUCCAAUUGUUUAGACUAUUCAACGAAACACUAUCAAAGAACGUCCAGACGAGGCGUCGUAAUAUACAAUUUACACUACCAAUAGCUGUUCCAUUAUCACCUCAAGUGAGAAUCAUGAAUGACAGCACCUCCUUCACGACAAUGCAUCAACUGUACGAUGAGUACUGCGCCAAGAAAGGCAUUGAUCGAGAUGCUAUUCAGGAUUUCGUCAGUCAGCAAUUAGACGCCGCUCACGAUAAAGUUUUACCACCUCCAGAUAUAACUGCCGUCAAGGUUGAAAUUUUCAGCUCGGUUCAAUCGAUGUUUUUGCCAUCGACAGUAAUGAAAGACCAUUUUCUGGCGCUAUUUACUGAAUUUGAAGACUUUUGGCUUUUCCGUAAGCAGUUCUCAUCCCAAUACGCCACAUUCAUUUUCAUGACAUAUAUGCUUACUAUCAACAAUCGUGCUCCUCACAAAAUCUACAUUGACCAAAAAUGUGGUAAUGUUUUCACCUUAGAAAUGCUGCCUGCUAGAUAUCCAUAUGAGAGAAUGAAGCAAUCUGUCAAAAAUUUCGAGGCAAAUAUUCCAGGUGAUGCGCCCAUAUUUCAUAAUAAUGAAGCAGUUCCUUUCAGGCUAACCCCCAACAUUCAGAAACUGGUUGGCGAUUCUGCACUUGAAGGUAUCCUAUCGGUCGAUGUAUUCGUGGUCGCACGUGCUUUGCUGGAACCUGAUCAUGAAUUGAACACGUAUCUUGCGCUCUUCAUUCGUGACGAGGUCAUCUCUUGGUACAGCAAUCUACAUCGAUCGAUUGUUGAAGAUCCUCAAUUGCGAGAAAUCGUCCACACAAACGUUGAUUUGAUAAUUAGGAAAAUCGCACAAUUGGGCCAUCUAAGCUCUAAGCCAUCAGUGGCCACUCAAUAUGUGCUUGAUGCAAUAAGCGCAGCAGUUAGCCCAAGAAAUCUUGCAAAAACAGAUCAAAGUUUUUUGCCUUAUCUAUGA